CGCCCUUGGCGGGGUCCGGUCCUCUGCCACUCUUGCUCGGGACCCCAGAGACAACAGCGCUCCUACGCUUGCAGCCGCAGCAGCCGAGUCCACCUUCGCCCUCGAAACCAUGUCCACCAGGUCCGUGUCCUCGUCCUCCUACCGCAGGAUGUUUGGUGGCCCUGGCACUUCGAGCCGGCCGAGUUCCAACCGGAGCUAUGUGACCACGUCCACCCGCACCUACAGCCUGGGCAGCUCGCUGCGCCCCAGUACCAGCCGCAGCCUCUACUCCUCAUCCCCUGGUGGCGCCUAUGUGACCAGGUCCUCUGCGGUGCGCCUGCGGAGCAGCAUGCCUGGCGUGCGGCUGCUGCAGGACUCGGUAGACUUCUCGCUGGCAGACGCCAUCAACACCGAGUUCAAGAACACUCGCACCAACGAGAAGGUGGAACUGCAGGAGCUGAAUGACCGCUUCGCCAACUACAUCGACAAAGUGCGCUUCCUGGAGCAGCAGAACAAAAUCCUGCUGGCCGAGCUUGAGCAGCUCAAGGGCCAAGGCAAGUCGCGCCUGGGCGACCUGUAUGAGGAGGAGAUGCGGGAGCUGCGCCGGCAGGUGGACCAGCUCACCAAUGACAAGGCCCGUGUCGAGGUGGAGCGUGACAACCUGGCUGAGGACAUCAUGCGGCUGCGAGAGAAAUUGCAGGAGGAGAUGCUUCAGAGAGAGGAAGCCGAGAGCACCCUGCAGUCCUUCAGACAGGAUGUGGACAACGCGUCUCUGGCACGUCUUGACCUUGAACGUAAAGUGGAAUCCUUGCAAGAAGAGAUUGCCUUUUUGAAGAAACUGCAUGACGAAGAGAUCCAGGAGCUCCAGGCCCAGAUUCAGGAACAGCACGUCCAGAUUGACGUGGACGUUUCCAAGCCUGACCUCACGGCUGCCCUGCGUGAUGUCCGCCAGCAGUACGAAAGCGUGGCUGCCAAGAACCUCCAGGAAGCAGAGGAAUGGUACAAGUCCAAGUUUGCUGACCUCUCUGAGGCUGCCAACCGGAACAACGAUGCUCUGCGUCAGGCAAAGCAGGAGUCCAAUGAGUACCGGAGACAGGUGCAGUCCCUCACCUGCGAGGUGGAUGCCCUUAAAGGAACGAAUGAAUCCCUGGAACGCCAGAUGCGUGAGAUGGAAGAGAAUUUCUCCCUUGAAGCUGCUAACUACCAGGACACUAUUGGCCGCCUGCAAGAUGAGAUUCAGAACAUGAAGGAAGAGAUGGCUCGCCACCUUCGUGAAUACCAAGACCUGCUCAAUGUUAAGAUGGCGCUUGACAUUGAGAUCGCCACCUACAGGAAGCUGCUGGAAGGCGAGGAGAGCAGGAUUUCUCUGCCUCUUCCAAACUUUUCUUCCCUGAACCUGAGAGAAACUAAUCUGGAGUCGCUCCCUCUGGUGGACACCCACUCAAAAAGAACACUCCUGAUUAAGACGGUUGAAACCAGAGAUGGACAGGUGAUCAAUGAAACCUCUCAGCAUCACGAUGACCUUGAGUAAAAACUGCACGAACUCCGUGCAACAGCGCAGCACCACCAGCAAGAAGACAGGAAUUCGCAUCUUACAGAAACAGCUUCCAAGUGCCUUUGCUGCCAUUUUCCAGGAGCGCAAGAUAGAUUGGAGAUAGAAAUAAGCCCCAGUUUCUAACAACUGACACCCCCAAAGAUUUAGAGGUCUACAACACAGUCUAGUUUAUGAAGAAAUCUUGUGCUAGAAUACUUUUUAAAGUAUUUUUGAAUAUCCUUAAAACUGCUUUUUUCCCCCAGUAAAUACCUGACCAACUUGUUACUGCUUCAAUAAAUCCUCAGAAAUA